AUGGAUUUUCAUUUUGAAGGGCCUAUUUACCGUGUCCUUCGGUCUCUUCUUCUUCAUGCUCCCGAACGGCCCCAGGACGGCUCUCACUCUCCAUCAGGGCAUGCCGAGCAUUGCAUUUCCCGCAUGCAACUCGACGCAAACCACUUCGAGACAGAAAAAGUCACCAUUAAAAAGGUCGCCUCAGUGCUUCUAGACCUCCACGUUUGGAACCUAUGCGCCGUCCUCUUCACCAACAGCGUCUGCCUCUUCGGCCUCGCCUACUUCUCCCCCUCCAUCGUGGAAGCCCUCGGCUACAGCAGCACAACAACACAACUCAUGACCGUGCCCCCGUACGCCUGCGGGCUCCUCGUGACAAUGCUCAUCGCCCUCAUCGGCGCAGCUCUCCUACUCGUCGGCCGCAGUCUGGCCACGCGCUACGCAGCACUCGUCAUCUUCGUAACGGGGAUCUACUCCUGCUCGCCGUGCCUGAUCAGCUGGGCGCCGAACAACAGCGCGGGAUAUAACCGCCGCGCCACCGCGAUUGCGAUGGGGUUUAUUUCCACCAGCAGCAGGGGAUCCUGA